AUGGCAACGACUUCUCUCCUUCAGCGUUCGGCUCGACCUGACCUUUACGUUUGCGCAAGAUGCGCUUUUAAAGCGUCCCUCAAUUCGAAUAAAGCGUCAAGAAGAUGGAUCGGAACGAAAUACUUAGCCAAGGUGGCAGAUGCGGAAAUACAGUGGGCAAAAAAGGCCGCGGAUAUUAAGGCAGGGAAGACGAAGAGCAUGCUCUCAAUCCUGGAGGAGCGAGGAUAUGUACAUCAAAUAACUGGUUCGAGAGACGAGGUCGAUCGUAUGAUGACAGAAAAGCGGCUUGGUGCAUAUGUGGGCGUAGAUCCAACUGCGCCUUCACUUCACAUUGGCCACUUAUUACCUCUCAUGUCCCUGUUUUGGAUGUAUGUACAUGGUUACCAUACGGUAUCACUGGUCGGGGGCGCAACUGCAAAAAUUGGUGAUCCGACUGAUCGCUUGACGACGAGAGAAAAAAUGAAGAGUACAACCAGGAAUGAGAACAUAUUGAAGAUGCAUUAUCAAAUGAAAGGUAUAUGGCUAAACGUCGAGGCAUAUGGAAGAAAACACGGAUACAAAUGGGAAUGGGCAUGGAAAAGGGGUUUGGUCAACAAUAACGCCUGGAUGAAUGGUUUGACGGUGAUGGAGCUUCUCCAAGUCCUUGGACCAGGUAUGAGAAUGGGUGCGAUGAUUGCAAAAGAUACUGUCAAGAAUAAGAUGAAUAAAGGAGAUGGCAUGUCAUAUGCUGAGUUUACCUAUCCUUUGUUGCAAUCAUGGGACUGGUGGCACAUGUACAAUACGAAAGGCAUAACGAUGCAGAUCGGUGGCUCUGAUCAGUACGGCAACAUCACGGCUGGUGUUGAUGCUGUCAAAUACAUUCUAGCGAACCAUCCUGACCCCACCAUCAAAGAGCAACACGAGAAAGCAACGCCGCCCUUUGGAUUUACAGUUCCCCUCUUAACUACAUCAUCAGGAGCGAAAUUUGGAAAGAGUGCUGGAAAUGCUUUAUGGCUGGAUAAGGACAUGAUGAGUUCGUUCGAUCUGUAUGGCCAUUUUCUUCGUACAUCAGAUCAAGAUGUGGAAAAAUACCUUAAACUUUUCACAUUCAUGCCUGUUGAGGAAAUCACUAAAUUAAUGGAGGAACAUAUGAAGGCACCUUCUCAACGACAAGCUCAACACAAAUUAGCGCGAGAUUUUCUCGAACUCGUUCAUGGAGAACCGGAGGCCAAGGCUGCCGAGCUUCAGCACCGACUUCUUUUCAGCAAAUCGAAUAACGCGGAGAAUUUGGAGAAGUUGCAGAAUGAUUUAAAGCUGGCCGAGCACAAACUGGCAUCUCACCCGCAGGGUACCAACGCAUCCAAUAGACCGAGUGCAGAUCUUAAGUUACCACGAUCCUUCGUAAUGUCCAGAAGUAUUCCAAGAAUUGUAGUCGCCGCCGGCCUUUGUGACACAAAUUCGGAAGCUAAUCGCCUUUGUGGUGCUGCUGGACUUUAUAUCGGUGGAUCUAGGCCUUUGGGAUAUAAAGGAAAGGACGACGCCUUAGUUUUCACACCGAUUAAAAGAUGGCAAAAUGAGGAUACCCAUCACUACCUCAUCGAUGGUUCAAUGCUUGUUCUUCGACGUGGUAAAUCUAACAUUCGAAUCAUCAAAAUCGUCCCAGAUAAAGAGUACAUUGCAGAAGGUUUGUCCUUCCCUGGUCAUGAAGAUUGGAUCAAACAGAAAAUGCCAAAGAAAUUGAACGAAGAGGGCGAAAUAAUUGAAGAGGAAAAAAACCCAAAUAUAGAUGUGAAUGGAGUCGACAGAUCAGACAGAGAGGAGAUCAAGCGGUUGAGAGUGGAAAGGAGAGCUCGAUCGCAUGAAAUUUCACAGCAGAGAUGGCAGGACAAGGAUGCAAGGCGCCAACAGCGGAUGCAGCUGCUUCAAGCCGACCUGAGAGAGACAAAUCAACUCUCAUCGGAAAAGGUAGACCUGGAUAAUUUGGUGAAGAGGGUGAGGUCAGAUGUAUCACCUCGGGACGGUGAUGAUCUUUUAAUAAGAAAGAUAGAUUCCGAUGCAACUGAGGGCUGGUGGAAUCCACUGCGCGGCGAUGGUAGAGCCGACGAGUCGAAAAGCUAG